CGGCCGCCACUCGGGUUACAGCUGCUUGGCCCGGGGCCCGGUGGGACGGGCGAGGAAGGGAACUUUGAUCUUGGUUACUUCCGCACAGCGCCCUCUAGGCCCCGGCCCGUCCAGCGCUUCCCUACAGCAACGCGGCGUCUCUGCCUCCAACAUCCCCUGUCGCUCCAAGCCUUUCUCGAGAGGUCCAGCCGGGCAUCACCCUUUCUCUUCUCAUAGGUGCCUGCAGAAUUUCCCCGCCAUGGUGCCCUGGGCAACGUUGCUGCUAUUGGGGCUGUUAUUUUCCUGCUGCUGUUUGAGCCACAGCAGCCUGACGGGAGCGCCCCGUGUCUACCUCACCUACAAAGAAUUGUUGGAGACCCGCACUGCUCGUCCUUUCAGCUUCAACUUUAACACAAGUGAUUAUCGCAUCUUGUUGGUGGACCAAGACCAGGAACGUCUCUACCUGGGGGCACGAGAUUUCCUGGUGGCCUUGGAUCUUCACAACAUCAACAAGGAGCCACUAAUUAUCCACUGGCCAGCGUUACCAAACCAGGAGAAUGAGUGUCGCUUGGCAGGGAAAGGGCAGAGAGGUGAAUGUUUCAACUACAUACGGCUUAUGGAGCCCUUGAACCGUACUCAUCUCUAUGCAUGUGGAACAGGGGCUUAUCAUCCAGUCUGCAUCCUUAUCAACCGUGGUUGGCGCUCUGAAGAAUACCUGUUCCGCAUAGUGCCUCAUUCACUGGAACCAGGCAAGGGGAAAUGUCCUUAUGACCCCCGGCAGCCCAGCAUGGCUGUGCUGAUCAAUAACACACUGUAUGCUGGGGUUCACGUGGAUUUCAUGGGCACCGAUGCCGCCUUGUUCCGAACCAUGGGGCUGCGCCCAGCUGUACGCACCGAGCAGCAUGAUUCCCGCUGGCUCUAUGACCCCGUUUUCCUCCAAGCCCACGUCAUUCCUGACAGCUCCGACCACAACGAUGACAAGCUCUACUUCUUUUUCCGUGAAAAAGCUCUGGAGGGUGCCGUGGGGCCUGCCGUACUCGCUCGGGUGGGACGGGUGUGCCUGAAUGACGAUGGAGGACAGCGCUCCUUGUUGAACAAAUGGACAACAUUCCUUAAAGCUCGGCUUGUGUGCUCUGUGAUUGGAGAGGAUGGCGUGGAGACUUUCUUUGAUGAGCUGCGUGACGUUUUCCUUUUGCCGACUCAGGAUGAGAAGCAUCCCUUGCUGUAUGGGGUCUUCUCCACACUGGGGUCAGUGUUCCGUGGCUCGGCAGUCUGUGUUUACUCCAUGGCUGACAUCCGCACUGUCUUCAAUGGGCCCUUUGCCCACAAGGAAGGACACAACUACCAGUGGGGGCCAUACACAGGACGUGUGCCCUACCCUCGCCCUGGAGCCUGCCCUGGAGGAACUUUCACCCCAGGCCUUCGCUCCACACGUGAGUUUUCUGAUGAGCUGGUAACCUUUGUGCGGGCCCAUCCUCUGAUGUUCCAUGCAGUGUACCCCCUGCAGCGCCGUCCUCUCCUGGUGAGGACCAAUGUCCCCUACAGCUUCACCACCUUGGCUGUGGAUCUUGUGGAUGCAGUGGAUGGACGCUACGAGGUGCUCUUCCUUGGCACAGACCAAGGUACCGUGCAAAAGGUGAUUGUGUUGCCCAAGGAACAAGGGAUCUUGGAAGAACUGACUCUGGAGGAAGUUGAGGUGUUCAGGGUACCAGCUCCAGUGAAGACACUGUGGAUAUCCUCAAAGCGACAACAGCUGUAUGUCUCGUCCGACAUGGGGGUUUCCCAGUUGGGCCUGCAUCGAUGCCGGGAGUAUGGUGAAGCCUGUGCUGACUGCUGUCUGGCCCGGGACCCCUAUUGCGCAUGGGAUGGGCAACGUUGUGCCCGCUACAGUCACACAGCCAAAAGGAGGAGCCGACGCCAGGACAUCAAGCAUGGUGAUCCUUUGAGGCAGUGCCGUGGCUUUAAUGCCAAGGCAGAACAGCAAUUAAGUGAACAGAUUCAGUACGGACUAGAAGGAGGAAGUGUAUUUCUAGAGUGUGAACCCCGAUCUCCCCAUGCGACCAUCAAGUGGCUUAUGCACACAGAUGAUUCUACCAAACGCAAAGUGUUGCCCCGGGACCGCGUACUGCUUCAAACCCCUCAGGGUGUGCUUUUAGGCCCAGUGAUGCCUUCUGACAGUGGGCUCUACCAAUGCAUAGGCACCGAGAAUCGCUUUCGCCACACACUGCGGCGGCUUCGUCUGCAUGUCCUUCCGCGCGCUUUGCUGGAGGGGGCCAUCACCUCUGAAGAGGCACCCACCCUGGGUAUUUGUGAGAGCUACAGAGCUCAAGUCAUCCAGCACAGCCAGAGUGGCCACCAGUCCCAUGCUGGACCUAGCUUGUGGGGCUCCGAACAGCAGUCCAACUGGUACAGACCUGCUCAGCAUUCUUUGAACUGGACUACCAAUAGUCCCCACCACUCCCAAAGCAGCAGCCGCCGUCGCCACCACCACCACCGCCACCACUCCAAGCCAUGGGCAGGGCACCGAACUCCACCUCGAAGCUGAGCUGGGUGGAAGACAGUGGGCAGAGAGAGGCUUUAACCUAAUCUUUGGCGGAAGAGAAUGACAUUCCAGUGGACUCUUUGCAAGAGCUGAAUGGAUCCAGAGAUGGGGAAAAACCUCUUUGCUUCCUCCAGAUUGCGGGGACAACACUAUUGCUAACAAAGUGUGUGGUGUGGUGUGUCCAGGCUAAUUCCAGGGGUUUGCAGGACCAGGGCUCACUGGCUGUUUCCUGAAAUGGAAAGGUGACCAGUGCUAAUUGCAAAGGCUUUGGCUUUAGGAUUCAUUUUUUACAGUAUUCAUUCCCAACCCUAUCCCAUCCUCUCACAUCAUAGAAGGAAAACUGUGGGGCUUCCUUCAACAUUAACACCAUCAUUUUAUUAACCCUAUGCUGCAGAAGCAUGUAGCAGAAAAUAAAAUACCAGUUUAUUUUCUAAAUGAGAUGGAAAAGGGCCAUUGUGAAUUUGUGAAAGGAAGAACAUUUCCAUGCACAGUGAGCCCACUGUUACAAAUAGUUUUAAGAUCCAGCCUUGUUAGAAUCCAGCCCUACCAUGAACAGAUAGAAGGCAAUGCUAGCAAAGAAUUUAGUGGAUUAUCCUGAGUACUGCCUACAGCACAGGUAUUAAACUGAACCCUUGCUUCAAUGGAAGUACUCACAUUGUUCCUGUUUUUGUCCAGCCUGUAACCAAAUAAGGAAAUACAGAAAAUGGGCUUGGUGAUUCAGUGGGCACGAACACCAGUCUGUAUAUGCAUCAACUGCUUUUCAGUCAAAAGUAUGCAGCAGGCUUUAACGCCUAAGAGAUGCUAGCUUGGUAUUAAUUACAGUUGCAUCUUCUCUGGAGGAAGUGUUUACAUUUAUGGCAGAAACACAUGUACCUGUGCCUUUAGUUGCCAUCCCCCCACCUUUCUGGUAAUUGGAACAGAAACGGUUAAGAAGCCUGCAGAUUAUCUGAAAACAAUUACCAACUGUGCUGUUCCAGAACAAGAACAAGUUACCGUAUUAGAUCAAAACAAGCUCCAUUUACAGUUGGUCCAUAGUGUGAACUAUCACCUCCCACCUGUAAUACACAUUUAAAUUUUAUUUACUUUGCACUGUUGAUAGGUCUUACCAGCUGUGUUCUUGAAGAAUGUAUGUAAUAAUUUUAAAAAGCCACUGGACUGGGGGAGAGGGGGAGAGAAGGGGGCUUUAUCACCACAGCUCGUGGAGUGGAUUCCAGAGUGUGUGAUUACGAGAAACUCUUUUGAAGCUCUUUUUCAGGAUGGUUGGGAUUUCGUAAUCCAGAUCCAGGUGUCAACUUGGCUAUUUCCUAUUUAUUUCUGCUAUACCUUAUUUCUAAAAUUUAACAGAGCAUUUUGGUGCCAUUUCUUGCAUUUUUCCUAGUUUUAUAACUAGAUAUUGAGGCAUGGGAAGAUAUACCCUCUCAUUCGAUAUAAACUUUGGUAUGAGAUUUUUGUGAAAAGCAUUUGAAAGUUUCAAGUACACAAUGAUCUUUCGAUGAUCACUAAUUUCACAUUCGAGACACAGAAUUCUAAGGUUUUUCUCUUACAGAAUCCAUGCUAGUUCUUCCUCGGUUUGUCUAAGGUAUGUUCAACUACCUUCCGCAUAAUAAUGCUUUCUAUAAACAUACAGAAAAUGCCAUAUUUUUU